AUGAUUAGAGCCGUUUUAAUCUUCAACAAUCAAGGAAAGCCAAGGCUGCUGAAGUUCUACGAACACUACACCGAAGAACAGCAACAGCAGAUACUAAAGGAGACUUUUCAGCUGGUAUCCCGUCGGGAUGAUGAUGUGUGCAAUUUUCUCGAGGGUGGCACGCUCGCUGGUGGUCAGGAUUAUCGAUUGAUAUACCGGCAUUAUGCCACACUUUAUUUUGUCUUCUGCGUCGAUUCAUCGGAGAGUGAACUGGGAAUAUUGGAUCUCAUUCAGGUCUUUGUUGAAGCUUUGGACAAGUGCUUUGAAAAUGUGUGUGAGCUGGACUUGAUAUUCCACGUUGAUAAGGUUAGUCUGAUCGUCUGGGCUGUACAUAUCCUAGUACAGGUUCACUAUAUUCUCAAUGAGAUGGUGCUUGGUGGUAUGGUUCUGGAGACCCACAUCAAUGAGAUUACUACGCGCUACGAUGAGCAGUUGAAAAUUGAAAAACAAGAAACUGGAAUUUCAGGAGCACCUGCGAGAGCUGUCUCAGCGGUCCGUGAUCUAAAUCUCCAUCAGAAGUUCAAAGAAUUUCGCUUUCCUGAUAUACCCUCCUUACAGAGUAAACUUUCACGCUGACACAGUGAACAAUUAAAAAACCAGAGCUGGUUCAAAACCGUCAUUUUAUUUUCUGUUGUUUCAUGUCUCUAAGUGUGAUUUACUUCUGGAAACAACUACUUCGGAACUCCAAGUGUUUCUACUUUCAUGCCUCCUUACUGUUGGUUGUCUGUUGAUUUACAAGUGUACAGUGCUGUAACAUAUCGAGCGUACCUACUUGGACAUUAUGACUUCUUGUUUACACUUUUUAUUGAGUACCAGC